AUGGCCGCCGUCGAGAAUGGUACCCCGGCUGUCGCCGAUGAGAACACCGCGCCUGUCGAGAAGGUUGAGUCCGGUGAGCCGGUCACCGUCUUCCACAACGCCGAGGACUUCAACGUCAAGCACCCUCUGAUGCACGAAUGGACCCUCUGGUUCACCAAGCCCCCUAGCGGAAAGGGCGAUAACUGGAACGACCUCCUCAAGGAAGUUGUCACUUUCAGCUCCGUCGAAGAAUUCUGGGGCAUCUACAACAACAUCACUCCUACCUCCGAACUCGGUCUCAAGGCCGACUACCAUCUCUUCAAGAAGGGUGUACGGCCCGAGUGGGAGGACCCCCAGAACAAGCACGGUGGCAAGUGGUCGUACCAAUUCAAGGACAAGCGAUCGGUCCCCAUCGACGAAUUGUGGCUACACGCCCAGCUCUCCGCGAUCGGCGAGACCCUCGAGAGCGACGCCGACAAUGAAGUCAUGGGAGUGGUUGUGAACGUGCGCAAGGGAUUCUACCGAGUUGGUCUAUGGACACGCACCGUCGGCAAGAGCAUCCAAGGCGAUAAGAACACCCGCACACCCGCGCAGGGCAAGGAGAUUCUCGAGGCGAUCGGACAGCGAUUCAAGGACGUCCUCCGUUUGAAGGAGGCCGACGUGGUGGAAUUCUCGGGCCACACCGACAGCGCACACAGCGGCAGCACGCGCGCCAAGGCCAAGUACACUGUUUAA